UUACUAUAAAACCAAAAUUACCACAACGCAAAACAAAAUUGUUUUCAAUUCAAAAAAGUUUGAAAUUGGGUUCAAUUUAAUACAAUGGUUUCAAUGUUUGAACCCUAGAAAAAAUACACUCAGAUUGUAAUUUAUAUAUAAAUUAAAGAGGGAGGUGUUUGAUGCAUGGCAGCAGCUAGGAAUGUGAAUCUGAAUCUGACAGGAGAAAUGGGGAACUGUAACAAUAGAUCAUUGAAAGACGAAGAAAAGGCUAAAGAAGAUUCACCCUCUGCUAAAAGACCUAAAUUUGAGAAAUUCCCGUUUACAAGAUGGGAAUUUGGUGUGUUUUUGGGGGUUUUCUUUGUAUUUUCUAUUGGGUUGUUUUGCAUUUACAUUACUAUGCCCUCUUCUGUUUAUAACAAUCUGAAGCUCCCUCGUACCCUUUCAGAUCUUCGCUUGCUCAAAGACCAUCUGGCAACAUAUGCGAGAGAUUACCCGGCACAGUUUAUACUGGGUUAUUGCUCUACUUACAUCUUUAUGCAAACCUUUAUGAUUCCUGGAACAAUUUUCAUGUCAUUGCUUGCUGGAGCUCUUUUUGGUGUCGUUAGAGGACUUUUCUUAGUUGUCUUCAAUGCUACUGCUGGAGCCUCUUCUUGCUUUUUCUUGUCCAAGUUGAUCGGCAGGCCUAUAGUUUAUUGGUUGUGGCCUGAAAAGUUGAAAGUUUUUCAGGCUGAGAUAGCUAAGCGACGGGAAAAAUUGCUGAAUUAUAUGCUCUUUUUGAGGGUAACUCCAACAUUGCCCAACCUCUUUAUUAAUUUGGCAUCUCCAAUUGUGGACAUACCAUUCCAUGUCUUCUUUUUGGCUACUUUGCUUGGUCUUAUUCCAGCCUCCUAUAUCACUGUCAGGGCUGGGCUUGCUCUAGGGGAUCUCAAGUCAAUCAAGGAUCUAUACGAUUUUAAAACCUUAUCAAUGCUUUUUCUUAUUGGUUCUGUCGUCAUUUUUCCAACCCUACUAAAAAGAAAGCGAAUAUACGAGUAAAGGUUAUGAAGGUGAAGCCCUUAAUUAGGCAGCUUGACGGAUAUCUUUUUGCUGCAAGAUGAAUGCUGUGUUCUGCAACGACAAAAUACUGGAGGCGGAUCACCACCUUCCCUUGUAAUAUCCACGGGUUGAUUACUUCUCCCAUGCGAUGAGCAGAAAUUAAAGUACAGAACUAGUUUACGUUGCGUUUAUUAAACAUAAAAAUAUAUAAGUUUUAGGAUUGUAUUUAACUGAAUGAUCUCCCAAUAUGGAUUAUUUAGAGAGUUGGGAGUCAGAAAUUCUAUUGGAAGGUGCGGUAUACUUCUCCACAGAAUCUUCAAUAGUACUUGUAUAACAAUAUCACUGCCGUCCGUUUUUCUUUCAGAUUUCAGGCGACUUGUUGACUGAACGUUAAAUGUUAUUGUUAAUAGCAUGAACGUUGAAUCCAAAUAAAGUUGCAGGCUGAUAUGAUGAAUUGAAUGGUUAUAGGCAAAACUCAUUUUUAA